AUGGCUUCUGAAACGCAACGAAAUAUCGUUAUAAUAGGAGGUGGUAUCAUCGGAUCCUGCUCAGCAUACUACCUUACAAGACACCCAUCCUAUGAUCCAGCAUUACACAAAAUCACGCUUAUCGAAGCAUCCGAAAUCGCAGGCGGCGCAUCUGGGAAAGCUGGAGGUCUACUCGCUUUAUGGGCUUACCCAAGCUCUAUAGUGCCCUUGAGUUACAAAUUACACGCCGAACUCGCCAAGGAGCAUAAUGGGAAGGAUAAUUGGGGUUAUCGAGAAGUCAACUGUGGUCAAUUGAUUGUCAAGGGUCAGGUGAUUGAUAAGAAGAGCAACGCUGAUGACGCCUCUGUUUCUCUACAGAAGCGCGAUGCGGCCGCUAUUGGCAAAUUGAGGGCUGCCGGUAUACCUGCAGGCCUCGAUUGGGUGCUUUCCGAUGGUAUUCGCGGUUACGAGAGUAUGAGUGGACCUGGUGAGACGGCGCAGGUGCAUCCUUACCAAUUUACGACCUCAAUAGCCAAACUCGCCGAGGAGAAAGGCGUCAAUAUUAUCCUGGGCAAAGUAACCAGAAUUAAUCAAGAGGCCGGCGCAGUCCAGUCCGUCACUUUUACGGACAAAGCUUCUGGUGAAGCGCACACGGUACCGGCAACGGAUGUUAUCGUUUCGGCUGGCCCCUGGACGAAAAGAAUAAUCCCUUCGGCGCCUAUAACUGCAACAAGAGCACAUAGUGUAGUCAUCCGGCCGACGAGACCUGUAUCCGCAUAUACAUUGUUCACGAACAUCGAGUUACCCUCGAAACACAAUCCGAAGAGAUCAACGGUCGAGACACCAGAGAUUUACGCGCGCCCCGAUACUACGGUAUAUGCCUGUGGCGACGGAGACCGUGCCGUUCCACUGCCCGAAACAUCAGCAGAUGUCGAAGUAGAUCCCAAACGGUGUCAGGACAUCAUUGAUUCAGUAGGUAGCAUAUCGGAUGAGCUCAGAUUAGGUGAAGUUGUGAAGCAGCAGGCAUGUUAUCUACCGAACGUCGAUGCGCGCGGUGGUGGAGGACCAUUGAUUGGACAUUCGGGGACAAAGGGGCUGUAUGUUGCGACUGGCCAUACGUGCUGGGGUAUUCAGAAUGCUCCUGGGACAGGCAAGCUCAUCAGUGAGUUUGUUUUUGAGGGGGGUGCGAGGAGUGCGAAGAUCGCGGCGCUGGAUCCACAGCGGUUUAUGUAGGCUUUUUGUAUGGAGAUAGAUCAAUCCCUAGAUAAACCAAGUGUUUUCGCUUCUUCUCUUAC